CCCUCCCCCCAACUCCUCACGAGGGUCUCGUCUCCAACUGAGGGCGGGAAAAUGGCCGGCAGAUGAGGAGGUGGAGUGGAGGAAGAUUGAUGAUGAAUUUUAAAGCCGUGUAGCCGGACUGUCAGCUCUCCGCGCUUCUCACCGCCCCGUCCUGAGCUGCGUUGGGGAGGCCCCGGGGGUGGUGAGGGAGGCCCCUGGGUGGUGGGCCGGUCCCUCUCCCCCUCGGAAGUUAACCGGCAGGUGUUUGAGCAGUGGCUGCUCACUGACCUGCGCGACAUGGCCCUGCCGGUACUGCCCGUGGGCAUGGGAGAUGUGCUCACCACCACACUGGGUGGACACUACGCCCUGCAGAUGGAUUCUCUGGUGGACGUGAGCCAGCCCAUGUACGCGCAGCUACAGAAGCUGCGGGGCCGAGACACGAGCAAUGAGCAAGUCACAGCUGUUCCCAGGCCACAGCAGCCGUGGGAGGUGAAGGCCGGGAGGAUGCUGCUGCUGCAGCUGACGGACGGGGUGCAGGCGAUCCAGGCGAUGGAGUACCGCCCCAUCCCAGCGCUCCACCCGCUCCUCCCGCCCGGCACCAAGCUGCUCGUGUCGGGCCGCGUGCCGUGCCGCCUCGGGGUGCUGCUGCUGGAGUCGGCGCACAUCUCUCUGCUGGGCGGGGAGGUGGAGGCGCUGGUGCAGGAGAACGAGCCGCGACGCCUCCUCGCGCGCCUCAUCGGAGAGCCAGAGUCGGCGCCAACUCAGCAGCAGGACCAGCAACAGCAGCAGCAGCAUCACCAGCAAGACGUUCACACGCAGAACGGCACCAGCGACGCCGACUUCCCGGAUGAUUUCUCCGAUGACUUCCCCAUGGACGACUUCCCCGAUGACAACUACCUGAACCUGCAGGGAAUGGCCGGAAAUUCACCGCCACAGCCGCCACCACCGCAGCCACCACCGCAGCCACCACCGCAGCCACCACCACCACCGCAGCAGCGUCAACAGCAUCACCAGCAGUACCAGCAACAGUAUCAGCAGCAGCGUCAGCAGCAGCGUCAGCAGCAGGAGCCGGUCGUUGCUGAUGACCCCACUGCCGCGUUGGGGCACGAGUGGGCCAUGGAUGAGUGGGACACGGAACUGGAGCCAGAGCCGGCGUCUCUCAGCGCUGAGCCGGCCGGCAAAACCCUGCGGGAGAAACAGGCGCCAAGCCGUGGCACGGUGGAGCAAGUCGCUCCGCAGCACGGGAGGGCGAGUCAGGCGGGCAGGGCAAGUCACGCGGGCAUGGCGAGUCACGCGGCAGGGCGAGCCACACGGCAGGACGUGGGGGUGUCUGCUCCGGAGCGCUGCGGAUUCGCGCCCCUCAUCAAGAGGCCGUGCCCCGGCCUCCCACCCACAGUUACCAGCAGUAGCAUCAGCAGCAUCGGCAAUAGCAGCAGCAGCAAGAGCAGCGUGGGUCUGCACUCUCCGCCCUUCACCUACCUAAGCAGGGUGCUGAGUAACCGUCACCCGGCACACCGCAUCCAGAUCACCGUCAAGGGGUUUGUAGUGACGCUGCUGGGCCCCCUGCAGACGCGCUGUGGAGCGUGGAGCGUGCGUGCGCGCAUCACGGAUGGGACGGCCUACACUGAAGCAACCUUCAGCGACCACGUCCUGACCCAGCUGAUUGGAUUCAGCGUGGACAAGAUGAAGGUACUGAAGAGGGAUCCAGCUUGCGUGAAGACGAUCACACAGGCCCUGGAGCAGUGUCAGCGGCGGCUGGUGGACCUAUGCUGUCUCAUGGAGCUGGAGUUUGGCGCGGCGGAGGGUCGGGAGGCGGGGGGGGAGGCACCGCUACUCGUGAGGCUGGAAGAGGUGACGCGAGAACACGUGGAGCAGCUGCGGAGCCGCAUCGGGCUCCUGUGACCGAGGACGCUGGCGCAUACAAAGACACAGAUCCCCUGCAUUAGCCUACUGAAACCGGUGGGGCAGGUGCUGUUUGUGAGAACCUCCGAAGGCUGGCAAGGCGCAUGCAAGGGAACGGUGUGGCCAGCGCGUGGUGCCGAGUCAACCUCGGGUAGUGGCGCUAGACUGAUAUUUGCACUUCGAUGUUGAUGAAGAGCAACAGCUGUAAUUUUACACUGAGGUGAUUGAGCCGGAGUAAUGCGCAGUGAGGAGGAGCGGAGUGGCGCAUCGCUGUGGUGAUGCCGUCGAUGUUACAAGUUCCAUGGUUCUGUUCUGGCUGGUGACCACAGGCUCCGCACGCUGCCCAGAUAUAUAUUUUUUUAAUCUUCCAUUUGUGCAUCAAGGGCCACGACUGAUGUGUUGGCCGUGAGCGGGAAUCGGAACUCGGCAUGCCAGCUUUGGCGUAGCCAAGUAAAUGCAACAGAGGAGUCCGCGACGGCGUUACGCGAACGUGCGGAUGUGGAUUGUGCACGAGUUGGAGGAGGCCGUCGCUGCUCCUCUCUGCUGGCGCCGUGGGGCUCCCGGCUCCUCCCAGCCGCUACCCCCAUCACGGUAACGAGUUUUUGUCAAGUGGUUACGAGUUUAAAUUUUGAUUUAAAGCUUUCGUGACUGCAGUAAUUCAUAUCCUUAGCUCUUUCGGUAAAGUCACGUUGAAGGGAAACAAUAAAAUAAUAAA